AAGCGGAAAAAACACGGCGAGAGAAACCCGUUGGAGGAAAAGGAAAAGCUUCGAGCAUCGAUCUUGUCCCUCGGUGCAGUUACCAUGACGCUGCUGGUUGGAUACGUCGAAUUGCACGCAGUGCGGAAUCGGCGGCUCGGAUGGCCCUGGAGACGCGAUCACGAUCGGCGUAGCUACAGUUAGUAGGAGUGCUCCCGGUGAGCAGCGAACGCUUCCGAGUACCCGGUGGCGGUUGUUAGCUUGAAAACGCAACGAUGACGAUCGAGAGAACAAGGACGACGUCGUUGGUAGCAACGAUGACGCCAACGCGCGACAGGACUGCAAACGUUGGGUCUUCCCUACGGAAUGCACGAGGCCGAUCGAACGCCUCCCGAUACAUCCAACUUUUAUGUGCUUUUUCCACGUUAAUUCGAUUCGAUUCGAUUCGAUCGCGCGGACGAUAAGACGUUUUAAGUAAAGUCAAAUAAAAUAUAGUAAAAUAAAGUAAAGUAAAAUACAACAACGGGGGAAGACGACGGAGAAGAAAAAGAAGCAAAUGAAGAUUUAGAAAAAUAAAAAAAAAGAAACGAAGAAGGGGCCAAUUUCGCAAUUCUUCCAUUCGCAAAAAAUACACUAGAACCCGAGAAAGUACUCGAGUCGAAGGAAUUUUCUCCAGAUGGACUGCUGCAACUACGUCGAGGCUUACGCGGGAGGGCGUCACUUUUAUCAGCAGCAACACUACUUUUGCUACGAUAACGCGAACGCUGUCUACAACGGCUACGAACCGCCACCGAUCCCCGCUGCGAUCGAGACUGGUGCCCGAUAUAACGGACCGCUUACACCUGCCUACCCCACAGAUUACGUGUACAAUCCAAAGGAGGCGAGACUGCGGAAGGCCAUGCGUGAACAGAGUCGCGAGCUGUCGAGACGGUCGAUUCUUCAGAGCGCGAUCGCUCGAGCAGGUGUGAUCGCUGGCCCUGUCGGCGUCGGCGUCGGCGUCGGCGUAGCUUCUGCCGGUUUUUUGGAUCACCAACACCGUUUUGGUUGCGUGUCCGCCGCUGGGGUACCGAUGAACGCGGUCGUGGAUUCCGAACGUGCCGCGGAGCCGUGGUUCCAGUCAACGCAACGACCGAAACCGAUUCACUCGCCGCGAAUGUCCGAUUGGUACGGCACCGUUGCCGAUCCGAUCGAGAGACUGCAAGUGAUGGGCUCGAUGCAUCAUCGCGGUCUAGAUAAGUGCAAGGACUUGAGCAGGAAUCAGAUCGCAAGCAAUGUAGCGACUGCGGCGGCGGCCGCCGCUGCUGCCGCCGCCGCCGCCGAGUGCGGUGGUGCAUUUUCCACCGGCGGAUAUCCGCCCGUUAAUUUCACCGAGAUAAAUCGGGAACGAGAGUUACGCCGACAGGAAAACAUGACGGAGUAUGGUGAAUUCACGGACGGCCAAAAAUGGCAUCCUUACCAAAACGGGGCAAGUUCUCAUCAGCAUUCGAGGACAUCACACCCAACGCAAAUAGGUGGUAUUCUUCAUCCAAACGUUCAGAGUCCGAGUUCGCAUGGACAUGGUCACGGACAUGGACAUGGUCACGGACAUGGACAUGGACAUGGACCGUGGGGCCAAUUUUGUCACGGGGUAUUAUCGCAUGUCCCGGCUACGCCGCGAAGUAUCGGAGUUCGCGGACCACGGCAUACCGUUCUCCUACGGGAUCGUCUGCCCGGUAGACAUUGCGGAUUUCCGGAAGAAACGACACGGUUGCCGUACGCUUCGAAUAAACUUGAAAACGUGCAGGCCUCGUACUCGUCUCCCGAUCAUCAGAUACCAAGACUGCUCGAAUCAUCGGUCGACUCGGUUGUGGAUUCCGCGCUCUCGUUAAGGACUCGUCGAGAAGAUGAAGGGCCUAGGUGGGAGCCAAAUUCCGUCAACAAUGAAAUCUCUAUGGAUAACUUAGCGCCGACAACGGAAUCGAGCGUAUCGCGCGAAAAGGAGCGCGAGCUCCAACGAUCCGCAGAGAGGGCCGAGUCGAAGAAGAAGAGCGUCAGUAAGCAACCGUUGCCUGGAUUUCAUCAGGCAUUCGGCUCGACGGAAAUCGGCAGGUUCUCCAGAUCGGAGUUCUUUGUGAACAUGGUCGGCGAGAGCGGCGCCGGCGGUAGCGUGGAAGUCGCCGACACAGAGAGCACCGAGAACGUAAGUAUAAGUACAGAUCGAAUAUCGGAUGGCAACGGACCGGGAGCCGGAGCCGCGGUGACAGCUGCAACUGCAACGCACGACACGAGCGCGGUGACCGCAACGGCGAGAACGACGGUGAGGUCCUUUGACACCGAUGAUAACGAGGAAGGAGGAUUCGACGAUUCGAGCAACGAGCUCGUUGGCGUCGGCGUCGGCGUCGCUUCAACGUCUAUCGGUAUAGGCAUGUACCGUACAGGCGGGCAGCCUGCUAACUCUACCCCUCGUUGGCACAGUCCUCACCUAGGGGUUAUAGGUAGCGAAAUUUAAGCGAAUCUUCGAACCUUUCCUGGGCUAAAGUAUUUCUCCUUCAAACUAUGUAUAUCUUUCGCUCAUUCUCAGAACUACAAGUAUCAAGGUAAAUUGGCGUGACAUGAACAUAUAGUGGGUGUAGACGAUAUUCGUACAUCGAUCAAUUUCCAAAAAAACUAUGUAAAAUUGUAAUUUAUUAACUUAUUUUUUAUAAACAAUGACAUUCUACAUAUUCUUAGAAAUAUUAGGUUGUCCAGAAAGUUCGUGUCAAUUUUUAAGAAAACUUCAAAGGCACAUUUGAAUUGUAACAUAUAUUUAUUGAAUUACAUAGGUACCAUGUUGUUCCACAAACUUUCUACCUUUUAAGGGAUGUACAUAUAUAUAUGUUAUUUGUUUUCAGCCAUUUCGAUAUAUUCAGACCUGCACUACCUAUCGAGAAUCGGCAUGGACUUUCCAGACAACCCAAUAUCUAGAAUAGAUAGAUUAUAAAAAACAUAGCUAUUUAUGUAAGUUGCGAAAUUAACAAAAAAAAAAAAAAAAUUAAUCGAUAGAAAUGUUGAAGCAAUAAGUAUUCGCACAAAUGUUUAAUUUUUAAAACUUGAUUAAAGAAAAAAGAAAUUUACAUUCAUUUACAAGUAUAUAAUACUUCCUUCAUAAAUUUCCUUUUGAUUUUAUAAUUAUUGCAACUCUUCUAAGCAUUAAAUUAUUUAAAUUAUUAGUUAUUCGAAGUGGGAUCUUGUUCAAUUCCUCUAUUAAAGCCAUUUUUAAAAGUAUUGGGUUGUCCGGAAAGUCCAUGCCGAUUCUCGAUAGGUAGUGCAGGUCUGAAUAUACGAAGUGGUUGAAAACAACAUGCAUACAUCCCUCAAAGGAUGGAAAGGUUGUGAAACAAAAUGGCACCUAUGUAAUUCAAUAAAUAUAUAUUAAAAUUAAACGUGUUUUUGAAUGUUUUUUAGAAAUUGGCACGAACUUUCUCGACAACCUAACUACAGUGGAAUGGUUAUUGAAUACUUUACUGGAAAUUUGAUGUUUUCUAAUUUGUACGGAGCAAUAAACUAACGUGUUUACCGUU